UAUUAUGCGCCACAGGCUUGUGCGAGAGCGCAAUAACUUCAGAGACAUAUUAGUAUUAGAGACAUGUUAGUAUUAUGAGCCAUACUAGGUACACCUUAAUAUGGAUGAGUGAUAUAACACAGACGAUAACUUUGACAAUACACAAUCGAAUGGUUCUCGCUGAGUAAUUUGGUCCAACCGUGGUGAUGAUGGACUCCGCUGAGAGGUUAUUCUCAGUACCACAGGGGCUACCUUCUGCUUGGGACACUGUAACUGCAGCUCUGGUGUCUCCAGUGUCCAAUGACGACACAAUGUCUGAUGGAUCUCUCUGUAAGGGGCUUAGCCUGUUGUGCUCAAAUGGUCUGGGUCAGUUUCUGGAGGGAUGGCUCCUGGAGACCCUGCAGGUGCGUUUGACCACUGCAGUGGCCCCUGAGUUUUGGGCUGGACUGAAACAGCCAGAGAAUGAACUUGGGGAGAAGGAUAGGACCAGGAUCCUACUCAUUGCCUUCCGUACCCUUUUGGACAGACUGGAACCUUUCCUAGGAGGGUUGGAGAGGCUGGGUACCUGGCAGGAUGAGGGCCGGGGUGGUCUGUGUGGCCCUGGGGCCAGGGGUCUCCGGGAGAGAGCCUUUUCCGUCAUCAGGGCCAUUCUACUCUUCUCCCCCUCGGCUGUGCUCCAGAUGAGAAUACUGGAGUUCUACAGCAGGACCUUCUCUGUGCACAUGAGCCAGAAGGGGGAGGCUGAGGAAGGGGGCAGGGGGCCUGAUGGGGGUGUCUGUCUGGGCUGCACUGUCCCCACUCAGCAGUGCUGGUGUCAGGAGGCCCUGGAGCAGCUGCAAGAGCUCAGCCACAUACUGUCCAGGUUGCAGCUAUUGGAGCGGGUUAGUUCAGAGGCAGUGACAUCCAUCUUACACAAACUGAUUGAGCAGCGGAUGGAGCAGCACUGCAGGGGGGAGUACGAGAGCUCUUUCCUCUUCAGCUUUCAGGAGUGGCUAGAGCUGGUGUUAGGCUGGUUGAGCAGAGUGUUUGCCAGUGAAGAGGGUGGACUGGGUACGGUGCCCAAUAGCACAGGCAGCAGGGCUGGGGAGGUGGGCCAGCCAGCCAACGCCGUGCUGCAGCGCUGGAGGUGUCACAUGCACCAGUUCUUCUGCAGGAUCUAUGUCAACAUGAGGAUCGAGGAGCUCUUCAGCAUCAUUAGAGAUUUCCCUGAGUCAAAGCCUGCCAUUGAGGACCUCAAAUUCUGUCUAGAGAGAACCAAUCAGAGGCAGCAGCUCCUCACCUCCCUUAAGACAGCCUUUGAGACCCGUCUGCUUCACCCAGGAGUCCAUACCUCUGACAUCAUCACUGUAUACAUCUCAGCCAUAAAGGCCCUACGGGAGUUGGACCCAUCUAUGGUCAUCCUGCAGGUUGCCUGCCAACCAAUCCGCAAGUACCUCAGGACGCGGGAGGACACGGUACGUCAGAUAGUGGCCAGCCUUACUGGGGACGCAGAGGGCUGCAGUGACCUGGCCAAUGAGCUGUCCCGUGCCGAUCCUGUGACCCUGGAGACCCAGGACAGUGAGGACGAGGGCAGCGACCCAGAGGAAUGGACCCCAGACCCUAAGGAUGCUGUCACAGACAAGACGGGCUCCAAGCGGCGUUCGUCUGACAUCAUCAGUCUUCUGGUCAGCAUAUACGGCAGUAAAGAGAUCUUCAUAGAUGAGUACAGAACUGUCCUGGCAGACAGACUUCUCCACCAGUUCAACUACAAUACCGCCAGGGAGAUACGUAACGUGGAGUUACUCAAGCUGCGAUUCGGAGAGUCCCACAUGCACUACUGCGAGGUGAUGCUGAAGGACGUGGCUGACUCACGGAGGAUCAACACCAACAUCCGUGAAGAGGAGUCCAGGCUAGGUGAGGAGGAGCAGCCCCCCAUGGCCCUGACUGCCAUGAUCCUGUCCUCUGAGUUCUGGCCCACGCUGAAGGAGGAGAAGAUGGAGCUCCCGCUCCUGGCCUCCCAGGCCAUGGAGGCCUACACACACCGCUAUGAGAAACUCAAGGCGAUGAGGACACUGAGCUGGAAGCCUCAUCUGGGCUCAGUGACACUAGAUGUGGAGCUGGAGGACAGGACUCUGACUAACCUGACUGUGUCCCCCAUCCACGCUGCCAUCAUCCUGCACUUCCAGGACAAAAGCUCGUGGACUCUGGAGGAGCUGAGUGGGGUCCUGGGGGUGCCGCAGGAGGUGGCGAGAAGGAAGCUGGCUCUGUGGCAGCAGCAGGGGGUCCUGAAGGAGGAGGCUGGGGGACACUACUCUAUCCUGGAGACUGGCUCGUCCCGGGAGAAACCUGAGAGAGGGGAGAUGCUGAUCGACAGCGACGAGGAGGGAGACUCCAAUACCACCACCCAUUCAGAACAGAGGGAAGAGAAAUUACAGUUGUUCUGGGCCUACAUCCAGGCUAUGCUGACCAACCUGGAGACCAUGACCCUGGAGCGCAUCCACUCCAUGCUCCGGAUGUUCGUUGCCACGGGACCCGUUGUCACAGAGAUGGACGUGAAUGAGCUGCAGGCCUUCCUGCAGAGGAAAGUGCGAGACCAUCAGCUCAUCGUGUCCGCAGGUGUCUACAGACUGCCAAAGUCCACCAACUGAUGGGGAGAGGAGAUGAGGAGGAGGAAAGCGGUAGAACUGAAAAACGGAGGUAUCUGAUUUGUUUUCUAAAUGUAUAUGAUGCAGCAUUGCAGCCAGAGACAACAAUUUCCAAGAUUAACCUGUUCAGGAAUAAGUUUGGAAGGCAACUGAAAGCGCCAAGCAUUGUGCUGAUUACUAUGUCUUAAAAUACAAAUGGCUAUAAUGAGCAUGAACCAAUCAUUCUCUCUUUAUUGUUGAUCAUCCAGGUUGCUUGACUUAGUUUCGGACUGCUUGUCAUGACUUUUGGGGACUCCGAAUCAUACGCAGUUUUUCAGCAUAUUGAAUUGACAUGUGUUUGGACUUUGUCAUUUGGGGUUCCCUUAUGAUAACAUUACAAUUGCCUGAGCUAAUAAAACAUUGAUUAUUACUCAACUCACUUGAAUGGGUUGAGUCACUGUUGUGAUCUGCCUGUCUGGGUUGGCGCCCCCCCUUGGGUUGUGCUGUGGCGGAGAUCUUUGUGGGCUAUACUCGGCCUUGUCUCAGGAUGGUAGGUUGGUGGUUGAAGAUAUCCCUCUAGUGGUGUGGGGGCUCUUCUUUGGCAAAGUGGGUGGGGUUAUAUCCUUCCUGUUUGGCCCUGUCCGGGGGUAUCAUCGGAUGGGGCCACAGUGUCUCCUGACCCCUCCUGUCUCAUCCUCCAGUAUUUAUGCUGCAGUAGUUUAUGUGUCGGGGGGCUAAGGUUAGUUUGUUAUAUCUGAAGUACUUCUCCUGUCUUAUCCGGUGUCCUGUGUGAAUUUAAGUAUGCUCUCUCUAAUUCUCUCUUUCUUUCUCUCUCUCGGAGGACCUGAGCCCUAGGACCAUGCCUCAGGACUACCUGGCAUGAUGACUCCUUGCUGUCCCCAGUGCUCCAGUUUCAACCGUUCUGCCUGUGGCUAUGGAAUCCUGACCUGUUCACCGGACAUGCUAACUGUCCCAGACCUGCUGUUUUCAACUCUCUAGAGACAGCAGGAGCGGUAGAGAUACUCUUAAUGAUCGGCUAUGAAAAGCCAACUGACAUUUACUCCAGAGGUGCUGACUUGCUGCACCCUCGACAACUACUGUGAUUAUUAUUAUUUGACCAUGCUGGUCAUUUAUGAACAUUUGAACAUCUUGGCCAUGUUCUGUUAUAAUCUCCACCCGGCACAGCCAGAAGAAGACUGGCCACCCCUCAUAGCCUGAUUCCUCUCUAGGUUUCUUCCUAAGUUUUGGCCUUUCUAGGGAGUUUUUCCAAGCCACCGUGCUUCUACACCUGCAUUGCUUGCUGUUUGGGGUUUUAGGCUGGGUUUCUGUACAGCACUUUGAGAUAUCAGCUGAUGUAAGAAGGGCUAUAUAAAUACAUUUGAUUUGAUGGAGUAGAGCUUGCUGAAAUGAAGUCCUGUAAGGAACUCCUGACCUCUUGUGGAUCAUUGUGGAAUCUUAGAUUUGUGUAUAUCAAAUUCGGCAUCGGAGUUUGUCAUGUGUACAAGCUUGGAUUUCGGUUUAUUCACCUCUCAUGGAUUUCAACACAACUGAUAAAUUGUCUUUCAGAUUAUUGUCCAAGCAAGUUUAUAUUUAACUGAUUAUCUAUUUUCCUGGUCCUAGAGACCCACAUGGUGUGCAGGUUUUUGUUCCAACCCCCAGUACUCACACC